AGCAGUGUGUGCAUGCAUUAGAAAUAGUAAAAAAGGCAUUUAUUUACAAUUUUUAAAAAAUGUCAGAAUAUUCAAAUGUCAGAUUGAGUAAACUUAAAUUAAAAGGUGUGAAAAAACAUAAGAAGAAAAAUAAACGAGCCCGUGAAGAUGAUGAUAAUGACAUUCGAAACAGUCCAUCAACAUCUGCGAUAGAUUUCGAUGAUGCUGCACAGCAUGGAAAUUGGUUCCGAGUCGAUCGUUUCGAACAAAUUACCGGGUCGAUUUGUAUUGAAUUUACUCCUUAUCAAUAUGUUAGAGCAUUGGAUAAUGGAAAUCUAAUUCUCGGAAGUCCGCAUUCACCAGGCGAAGGACCAGAUCCUGAAGAAAUUUUCAUCGCUGUUCGAGUUACACCAGCACAGAUUGCUAUCAAAAGUGGUUAUUUUAAAUAUCUAGCCGUUGAUAAACAUAGAAAAGUUGUUGGACAUUCUGAUGCCAUAAGUAAUCGUGAACAUUUUGAUCCGAUAUUUCAAGAUGGUAAAUUAGCUCUUUCCGCUUCCAAUGGUUGUUUCAUAUCCAUUGAUGAAACCGAAUCAGAAUUACCUUAUGUUGUUGCCCGAAGCACAAUGGCUGGCGACAAUGAAUUCAUCAAAAUUCGUACAAACAUCAAUCCUGAAAUGACACGUUUGGAAAAACUUAAACAAAGUAUACCGGACGAAGAGAAAGGAACGCUUCGUGAUUGUGAAAUAAAUUAUGUGAAAAAAUUUCAAAGUUUUCAGGAUAAAAAAUUACGUCUAAAUACUAACAAUGUUAAUUCAUUGAAAGAGGCCAAAACCAAAGGACGUUUACAUGAAGAAUUAUUGGACAGACGAGCCAAAAUGAAAUCGGAUAAAUUUUGCAAAUAAAUAAAUUGCACAUUUCCUUCAUACAAUUUAUCAUUGAUCAUCAACUAAAUGAUGACAAUUUUCAAAAAAAAACUUGACACAUUUAUUCACGUAUUUUAUUAUGUAAAAAAAUAUUGAUAAAAUUUUUGUUCUAUUUGAAAAUUAUUCUAUAAAUAUUCUUUUGUGAAUAAA